AUGUCGCCCACAGCCGGGAGCUCCCCCAGCUCACCGGUUUACACGCAGUCCGAGAGCCUUUCCCUGCGGCAGGCACGGGGUUUGCCUCCUCACUGUGCGCCUAGCCAAGCGCCAUCCAGAGAUAUUAGUGGCUCCAUAACAACUCCAGAUGUUAAGCUAAAUCUUGGAGGAGAAUUCAUCAAAGAAUCUACUGCAACUACAUUCCUGAGACAGAGGGGUUAUGGCUGGCUUCUGGAAGUAGAAGAUGAUGACCCAGAAGAUAACAAGCCACUCCUGGAAGAACUGGACAUUGAUCUGAAGGAUAUUUACUACAAAAUUCGAUGUGUGUUGAUGCCUAUGCCAUCUCUUGGGUUUAAUAGACAGGUAGUGAGAGACAAUCCAGAUUUUUGGGGUCCCCUGGCAGUUGUCCUCUUCUUCUCAAUGAUUUCACUGUAUGGACAAUUCAAGGUUGUUUCUUGGAUUAUAACUAUUUGGAUAUUUGGAUCCUUGACAAUUUUUUUAUUGGCCAGGGUUCUCGGAGGAGAAGUGGCUUACGGCCAAGUUCUUGGUGUAAUAGGAUAUUCCCUACUUCCUCUCAUUGUCAUAGCACCUGUACUUGUGGUAGUUGGAUCAUUUGAAGUUGUUUCUACACUAAUAAAGUUGUUUGGAGUAUUUUGGGCUGCCUACAGCGCUGCAUCAUUACUAGUUGGAGAAGAAUUCAAGACCAAGAAACCCCUUCUAAUUUAUCCAAUCUUUUUACUGUACAUUUAUUUUCUUUCUUUGUACACUGGGGUGUAAUCUAGUGUAAGAAUGUGGCCAGAAAUCAUAUUUUAUUCACCUUCAGACUGAUGAUGCGUAAGAUCAGAAGAGUGGAGAUAGUACAAGUGAUUGUUUUCUAUCCAGUGGUCAAGAUGUUUUAAGAUCGAAAAGAGUAUUUGUGUAUAUUAUUUAAUGGAGCAAUUGUAGCUAUAUAGAUUUGUAUCAAAGUUCUAGGUUUGUUUAAGACUCUUCAGAUUUUAAUGAACAAAAUGCAAGAACCUUGUGUUUUAUAACAAAGUCUAGCAAAAAUGCAGCUUGAUACCUGUGCCAAAAGCACUAGGACCAGAUUACUAUAUUUGAGAAGAAAAAAUAAAAGUUAACUAAAACAAUCUCAAAGUGCAAUUUUUCUUUUGAGCUUAAACAUAGCUGGCUUUUUUGGCACAGCAAAUUCUGUAGAUAAUAUAUAUUUAUGAAACAGUCCUGAUUGUUCACAGAACAGUCUGUAUAAUCAAGACAUGAAGAUACUUCUUUUAAUUUAGUGCCUCAACUAUUUUGAUUUGGCUAUUGAGUUUUUAUAAAUUCCAAUUUGUUUUCAAAAAAAUGUAUAUACUGUGUAUUUUGUAUCUAUGGCUUGCGUGUAGCGUAAAUACUCCUUGGUGAAGGAUGUAUAUUGGAUUUUUAAAAACUAAAACUACAAGUAUUUGAAGUCUUCAUUUAUUACUUCUGACCAGAGGAGCGAGGCAUUUAUUGCGUGACAUAAUUCUUUAAAUUGCUUACUUACAGAAUCAAAUUAUUUUAGUUAAUAGCGUGAAUUUAGAGAGAAACUGGCAAACAACUUUGACAACUAUAGUGCUGGCUUCAUGUUGGAAAAGAAAAAGGAUCUGUUGAAUUUGUGUGAUCUUUGAACAAUGUUACGUUAUGAUCACAAAAUAAAAGGAAUGCUUCCCU